GGCGUGGCUCUGCCAGUAGGGGUGUUGGCCGGUAUUAGGUAGUACCGUCUGUGUGAGAGCCAGAAGCAAAGCAGCCGUUACCGAGCCUCCUUCUUCUUACCGUGAGUGAAGACUAACAAACCGCCAAAAUGUCAAGUAAAAGAGCAAAGACAAAGACCACAAAGAAGCGCCCUCAGCGUGCAACAUCCAAUGUGUUUGCCAUGUUUGAUCAAUCCCAAAUUCAGGAGUUUAAGGAGGCUUUCAACAUGAUUGAUCAGAACCGUGACGGCUUUAUUGAUAAAGAAGAUCUGCACGACAUGCUUGCUUCUCUUGGCAAGAACCCCACAGACGAGUACCUAGAGGCCAUGAUGAAUGAAGCUCCUGGACCUAUUAACUUUACUAUGUUCCUUACCAUGUUUGGUGAGAAGCUGAAUGGUACAGACCCUGAAGAUGUCAUCAGGAAUGCAUUUGCAUGUUUUGAUGAAGAAGGAACAGGCUUCAUUCAAGAGGAGAACCUCAGAGAGCUGCUGACUACUAUGGGUGACCGAUUCACAGAUGAGGAAGUGGAUGAGCUUUUCAGAGAGGCGCCAAUCGACAAGAAGGGAAACUUCAACUACAUUGAGUUUACACGUAUCCUAAAACAUGGCGCUAAAGACAAAGAUGACUAAAAAAAAAAAGCUGUCCAGGCCAAAAAAAACGAUUUUGCUUUGCCAAGCCUAUGCAUCUCUUCUCUUGGUAGAACUCUGCAUGCCUUUUUCUCUCUAAAACUUCCCUUCUCUUUGUAUUUAUGGAAUUGUUCCAGGUCAUUAAGGCCUACACGCACACCUAUGUAACCAAACUGGAAACAGAAGAUGUAACUGUAACUUUUCGUGUCAUAUCUGAUAAACACUUUCUGUUUUUUGGACUUGAGAAGAAUUUUUGCAGUUUUGUAAUGAGUGGAAACAUGCAUAAAAAAGGUCACUUAAAAUGUAACCUUACCAUCUAGCAGAGUGAAGGUAUGCUUUCUUAAUGUCAUUGUUGGUCAAAAGUAGUAGUUAAAAUAAAACUACCCUAGCUGUUACUGUAAAUGUCUAUAUAAAGUAUACUAGAGUUCCCCUCCUAUGGUUCCACCUACAAAUCAUCAAACUCCUUUUGGCUGCCUGCUGUCUAUACUGCACAUUGUAUUUUUCAUCUCCUGGAAACGUUUUGUAAGACUGUCACAAUCUCAUCAUGAGGAAGGCAUUGAGUGGAGUCCCCAGGCCUAGAGGGAGCGAACGACAUUGCCAUGUUUAAUAGUCUACUUGUAGAGGAUGUGUUUUGGUAUUUCAACAUUUUCUAAGAUAAAUAAAAUGGAUUUUGUCAUA